AUCCAGUGAGCAGAGGCUGGUAGGAGUGAUCUGAGAGAUGUGUUCAGAACCACACCUCCAUGCUGGGUGUGUCUGUGAGAGCGUCUGGUUCCUGUACAGGAAGAGACAGCAAGGUGUUGUCAGAGAGGCUGGAGAUGAUCAGCUGCUGGGAGCUGAUGUCCUCCAGGGCUUUGAAGGAGUUCUACAGAACCUCCAUGUUGGUCUCUGACAGGAAGAUGAAGAUGGUGGUGGUGUUCUGGAUCCUCCUGCACGUGUCCCUGGAGGUCUCAGCAGUAGAGAUGUUUGAAGGGGACCGGUUUAUCCUGCUGCCCUGUGAGUUUCCUACCGAUGAACUGGACCAACCCACAGUGGUGUGGACCCGCUCCGACCUCAGUCCUUCAACCGUCCACCAUCUUCGGCUGGAUGGAGAUUUUCCAAAAGAGCAGAACCAGCUUUACAGAGGCAGAACCUUCAUGAAGUCUGAUGCUCUAGAAACUGGAGAUCUGAGUCUGAACGUGACCAACCUGCAAGUAUCUGACACUGGAACCUACACCUGCACUAUCAGAACCUUUAGAGAAGAACUGAGAGUUACAGACAGAGAACUGCUGGUUAAAGAACGAUUUCCAUCCUGGGCCAAAGCUCUCCUGGUUCUUCUGGUUCUGGUUCUUAUUGUCUCUGCAGGUCUUUUAUAUCGUUUUCGGCACUAUUUCAUGUCAGAUUACAAGGUGGAGGUGGAUUCAGGGAUGGAGUCGGUCCUGCUGCCCUGCAGAACCACAGUUCACCUGCCUGAAGAUGCUAGAGUGGAGUGGAGGGACAAAGGAGACAGGAAGGUUCAUGUGUAUGAGAACGGUGCUGAUCAGACUGAAGAACAGAACCAGUUCUACAGAACCAGAACCAAGAUGAAUGAAGACCUGCUGAGAACUAGAGACCUCAGUCUGACUCUGAAACAUCCCACAGAUGAAGACAGUAACAUCUACACCUGCAUCGUCUCCAGCAGGAAGGGAAACAUCCUGAUGAAGAAACAAGUUGAUCUCCAGGUCAAAGUCCAACAGGUGGAGGUGGAUUCAGGGUUGGAGUCGGUCCUGCUGCCCUGCAGAACCACAGUUCACCUGCCUGAAGAUGCUACAGUGGAGUGGAGGGACAAAGGAGACAGGAAGGUCCAUGUGUACGAGAACGGUUCUGAUCAGACUGAAGAACAGCACCAGUUCUACAGAACCAGAACCAAGAUGAAUGAAGACCUGCUGAGAACUGGAGACCUCAGUCUGACUCUGAAACAUCCCACAGAUGGGAACAGUAACAUCUACACCUGCAUCGUCUCCAGCAGGGAGGGAAACAUCCUGAUGAAGAAACAAGUUGAUCUCCAGGUCAAAGACUGUCAAGUGGAGGUGGAGGAGGGGGCGGAGUCUGUCCUGCUGCCGUUCAGAACAACACCUGAGCUGCCAGGAGAUGUUGUAGUGGUGUGGUGGUGCGUUAAACCCAACAUCAUUUUUGCACAUGUGUAUAAGAACGGUUCCGAUCAGCCUGAAGAGCAGGACCAGUUCUACAGAACCAGAACAAAGAUGAAUGAACGCCUUCUGAAAACUGGAGACCUCAGUCUGACUCUGAGACGUCCCACGGAGAAAGACAGUGGAGAUUACAUAUGUGAUGUCUUCAGCAGGAACAUCAGAAGAGAGAAAAGAUUUCAUCUUGAGGUCAAAGGUACAGCUCAGGUCCAGAACCAACUAGAGCACAUCAGGACCAUAAGAAGCUCCACGGAUCCGACUCCUCUGAUGGCUGAUCAAUCAGUCUGAUCACUUUAUUGAUCCGUCUUUGAUUACUGAUCCAAUCGGACUUUGGAUCACAGAGAUCUCAGUGAAUGUUCUGAUGGAUCAAUAGGGGACACUUCAUCAGUUGCUCUUGGUUCAGUCUGCAGACUCAGUAUUGAUCCCAGAGAUCUUGAAUGGAUGAUCUUUCCAGACAUGAAGAACAGAACCGUUCUUAUCUCCAUCAGUUGAAUCCUGGUGGAAAUGAUCCGACUGAUCCUGAGAAGGUCCCAAACUAAACUGUCAGCCAUGUUUCAUGCUGCUGAUUGUCUGUUUCCUGUUUUAAAGAAAGUUUUUCAGCAGAUCACCUCAGCACUUUGUUUUUAUCUAUCUAUUCCUGUGUUGAGAUCAGAGGCUCUCUGUAUCCAUGGUUACCUUUCAUCCUUUUUUCCUUCCCAUAACUGCUCAUCUUGUUCUUCCUCCUUUCUCAUCUCCCUCUCUGCAUGUCUCUUUCCUCCUGACUCCUUUUCUCCUCCUCAUCUCCUCCUCUGCCUCCUUGUUUCUCUCCUCCCUGGAGAUCCAGAAUCAAUCCUACUAAUGUGAAUGUUUGGUCUCACCUGAGCAGGUAAGGAGUUGCAGAUGUGUUUUUUAGAACCACUAGAGGUCACCACCCUCCACUGAACAGAACCAGCCCCAGCAGUUCCAGUAAUGAAGGAGAGAGAUAUAAAGACACCCUUUUAUCAAACAUUUG